AUGCCUCUCGAAAUACCCUCUGUUCGGUCUCUCAGCGCUUUCGCCAGUGGCCUCCUCUCUCAGCUCCCCUUCGGAAACUUCAACAAUCCAUCGAGAGCCUAUGUUCCAUACGGCAAUGCACCAAGCUGUCCCAUUGACAGCCCUCUCUCCUGCCACAAUAGCACAGAAGCUCCAGAUAGCUGUUGUUUCAUCUACCCCGGAGGACAAAUCCUGCAGACCCAAUUCUGGGAUACUAGCCCAGCAAUCGGGCCAGAUGAUUCUUGGACUUUGCACGGCUUAUGGCCAGAUCUUUGCGACGGCAGCUACCCACAAUUCUGCACCAGCGCCCCAACGUAUAGCAAUAUCUCCGACAUAAUCUCUGCCUCUCAGAACCCCGACCUCCUCUCCUUCAUGAACUCAUACUGGCUGCCGAAUUCUGGCACCCCAGAGAGCUUCUGGGAGCAUGAGUGGAAUAAACACGGUACCUGCAUAAAUACUCUUGCGCCGAGCUGUUAUGGGGAUGGAUAUCAGCCUGGCGACGAAGUUGUGGAUUUCUUCAAUAAGGCCGUGGAUACUUUCAAAGGCCUUGAUACCUACAAAGCUCUCGCAGCAGCUGGAAUUUUGCCCUCUACGUCAACGACCUAUACCUCUGAUGAGAUUCAAACUGCUCUCACCAAAAUCACCGGAAGUGCUGUGGUUCUCGGGUGCAAGGGAGGCAGACUGGAUGAAGCUUGGUACUCGUUCAACAUCCAAGGUUCUCUUCAAACUGGCGCAUUCGUGCCUACAAAUCCUGCUGGGAAGGGUGGCCGUGGCACUUGUCCACAGAAGGGAAUUAGAUAUCUCCCCAAGUCUUCGUCAUCGGCGAACAAGGACUUGUAA